AGUUUCUCCUUUUGGUCCCUCGUGUGUCUCCGUAGUGGCGGUUUCUCGGCUGCAGGCGGAUCAAAAACAAAAACAGCUUCAAGAACUUUAGUUUAAUUAAUAUAACUGUCGGGGUGUUGCCAUGGAGGAGGUGACCCGCCUGGUGUCCACAGGAGACUGUGUGAAGGUCUGGGAUGCGGUUUCCAUGGCGCCGCUGGAGCAGUUUAACCCCCACAGCGUCAGCCACCCUGUGGCACAGGCCUGCUGGAGCUCCAACAACCACUACCUGGUCAGCGCCAGCACCAGCGGAGACAAACUGGUGGUGUCCAGCCUCAAGGCGACUCCAGCUCCAGUGGUGGAACUGGCCGAAGGGAAAAAGCAGACUCGUGUGUGUCUGAGUUCCUCGUCUCAGUUUCUGGUCAGUGGAGGUCUGGAUCACUGUGUUCACAUCUGGGACCUGAAGACCAAGAGACUGCACCGCUCCCUCAAGGACCAUAAAGAGGAGGUGACCUGCGUGUCCUUCAACGCCAACGACAGCUGCAUCGCCUCCGGCUCCACCAGCGGAGAUCUGGUCCUCCACAGUCUGACCACCAACCUGUCCAGCAAAGCCUUCGGCCACGGCAGCAACCAGCCCGUCCACGACCUGCGGCUGUCCGCUCUGAAGCGCUCCCUGCUGGGCAGCGUGUCCGACAGCGGCACCGUGGUCUUGUGGGACUCCAACACCCAGAAGGAGCUCCACGUCUUCGACAGCGCCCACAAAGCCCCGGGCUCCGGCCUGGCCUUCUCCCCCGCCAGCGAGCUGCUGGUCGUCAGCGUCGGCCUGGACAAGAAGAUCGUCUGCUACGACACGGCCAGCAAGAUCGUCCUCAGGUCGAUCCGGACGGACACUCCUCUGACCUCGGUGGACUUCACCCUGGACGGCACCGGCCUGGUGGUCGGAUCCACUCAGGGGAAGAUCUACCAGUACGACCUGAGGAACUCCAGCGCCCCCACCAGGGUCACUGUGGCACAUAAAACCUCCGUCACCUGCCUUCGUUUCCAGAGCAACACCAACAGAAACAAGUCUAGUAAACUGGGCUCCUCCAAGAUCACCAGUACUAAGAGAUCCUCAACCAAAGUGUCCAGCAACCAGCCAGACCCCGCCCCCCACAGACAGGUGAUGGGUACAGGGGGCGCUGCAGCGGAGGUGAUGUCCCGGGAGGCUGAAGGUCAUCAGGGGUCAGAGCAGCCGCCAGCUGUGGAGAAGUUCAGCAGCGUUGGACGGAACAGUCUGGACGUCUUCUCUCCUGCACGAGAAGACUCGAGGACACCGGGGACGACUGGAGACACGCCGUUUGGAAGAACACACGUUACCAGUUUGGAGAUGUUGUCCAGACAGGGCGAGGGUCAGCAGGUCGUCGGCCGGGCGAGUCUGGACAUCUUCUCUCCGGUCAGAGAAGACUCUCACUCAGGGGCCAACUCUCAUCGUAAGACCCCCCUGGGAACGCCCCUGGUCGCCUCAGCCGGUCGAUGCUACAGCCCGCUGUCCGUCUUCCAGACCCCGCCGAUCAAAGAAGAAGAGCCGGUCACUGCUGCAGCUGCUGAACCAUGUGACCCCAGGAAGUCUGACAAGACCAGCAGCUCCAGCCUGGAGGGGGCGGAUCAGACCACACCCACAUCCUCCCAGCAGACCAAUCACAGCCAGCCGGCCCCGCCCUUCUUCACUCCGGAGCCCAGCCUCCGGAGAGCCAACGGUAUUCAAGCCCAGCUGAGCUACGACUCACCUGUCCACGGAGCUCCGCCCACCGCAGCAGCAGGUCCAGCUCUGUCGGCCGCCGUCUCCUCCUCUCUCUCCCAGAACAUCGCAGACGUGGUCGGACAGGGAGGAGCUGCUCCUCUCACCUCCCUGCAGAUCCACUUCAUCCAGAACAUGAUCCACGAAACCCUGGAGGACUUCAGGGACACCUGUCACAGAGACAUCGUCAACCUCCAGGUGGAGAUGGUCCGACAGUUUUACAUCCAGCUGAACGAGAUCCACGGUCUGAUCGAGAAAUACUCUGUGAACGAGUCUCUGGUGGAGGAGAUCGAGAAGCUGAGGGAGGAGAACCGCAGACUGAAGACCAACUACUGACCUCUGACCUGCGCCCUGCGCCCUGAGUUCAGCCUGACAGGCAGCAGCUGCUCCAGACUGUGUGGACGUUACAGAUGUCUCUGCUCAGGGCGGGAAACUGUUGACGCUGCUGCCUGCUGGGAGCUGGAGUCUUCCUCCUCUCCUCAUCACCACCUCUGACUGAAACACCAGCAGUGCCUCGGCCUCCUGAUGCUGACGGCGACGCAGCAUCACAGACCAGAGUGAAGCCGACGUGUGUGUUUGUAGAUGGAAACAGAAUAUUGAUGAAUCUUGUAAUUUAAAUAUAAAUAUAUAAUUUCACCGCCUGUCAGACUGAGAACAGGGUUUAGUGGUUUACAUCUUUGUGUCUGUAUCAUGUUUUUAUGAACAAACGUUUUGUCUGAAGAAUAAAAAGAUUCAUGUUAAAAUGAGA